CGCACUUGACGAGCUUGAUUUGCACGGGAAAGCUGUCAUUGUCUUCGUGCAGACUCAUUGCGGAAUUGAUUUAUGUCCCAUUUAUAUGCCAUUAAUGCAAUUGAUACACAUACAAACACCAACAGCUCCCCUGUUUCUUGUCUCUCCUGGGGUGAUUCUUGAAUUCUCCUCCUCCUCCUCCUCCUCCUCUUCCUUUUUUGUUUCGGCUCUGUUGCUGCAAGUUGUCUGUCUGCAUCGGCUCCUCUUGUUAUUGGUUCUUUGUGUUGCAGAGAGGCUUUCUUGACUGAGGAAGAUGCUAGGAGCAUUGCUCUUGCUUCUGGCACUGAGCAAUGCCGUGAAUACAAGAGGAGGAGACAGUGAUGGGCAAUGCGAGUAUAAAGUGGCAUUGGAUUUGGAUCCAAGACCGCAUAGCGUGUCCAUAACCGAGUUCGGUGCUGUUGGUGAUGGGAAAACUCUAAACACCGUCGCCUUCCAGAAUGCCAUUUUCUACCUCAAGUCCUUUGCUGACAAGGGAGGCGCUCAGCUUUAUGUGCCACCAGGAAGGUGGCUCACUGGAAGUUUUAACCUCACCAGCCAUCUCACUCUCUUCUUGGAAAGAGGGGCCACGGUUCUUGCAUCUCAGGACCCAUCUCACUGGGAUAUUGUGGAACCUCUCCCAUCUUAUGGACGCGGGAUAGAAACUCCGGGAAGAAGAUACCGGAGCUUGAUAAAUGGGUAUGGGUUGCACGAUGUGGUGAUAACAGGUGACAAUGGAACCAUUGAUGGUCAAGGCUCGUUUUGGUGGGAUUUAUUCACCACUCACUCCUUGAACUACAGUCGCCCUCAUCUCGUGGAAUUUGUAGAGGCAAAUCAUGUAGUGGUGUCAAACAUUACAUUCUUGAAUGCGCCUGCCUAUAACAUCCAUCCAGUCUAUUGCAGCGAUGUGCACAUCCAGAAUGUUUCGAUUACUGCUUCACCAGAAUCCCCUCGCACUGUUGGCGUCGUACCAGAUUCCUCAGACAAUGUAUGCAUAGAGGAUUGCAGCAUUAGCAUGGGGUAUGACUCCAUCGCGCUCAAGAGUGGAUGGGAUGAGUAUGGCAUUUCCUACAGCAGGCCCACCUCUCAUGUGUACAUUAGGCGGGCCUAUUUGCAGUCAUACUCCGGGGCUGCGAUUGCCUUUGGUAGUGAGAUGUCUGGUGGGAUCUCCAAUGUCUAUGUGAAUCAUGUCAGCAUACACAGUUCAUCAAGUGGCGUAGAAUUCCGAACAACACGGGGCCGAGGCGGCUACAUCGAAGACAUAACCGUAUCUGAUGUUGACAUGGAUGAUGUCCACAUGGCAUUUGGUGCAAACGGUCACUUUGGGUCUCAUCCGGAUGAAAAUUUCGAUCCAAAUGCUCUCCCGGUUUUGCGCUACAUUACUUUACAGAAUGUGGUAGGAAGAAGCAUCACAGUUGCUGGAAACUUCACGGGAAUAAGCGAAUCUCCAUUCACUUCCAUCUGUUUGUCUAAUAUCUCCUUAUCCCUCAAGUCUGCUUCGUUAACAUCUUGGAUUUGUUCUGACGUUUCGGGGUCUUCUUCAUCUGUGCUUCCCGAGCCAUGUCCUGAGCUCGCAGGCUCGUCCUCGAAUUCUUCCUUCGCUUGCGUAUCUAGCGUAAAUGCCAUUGGUAAUUCUGCAGCCUUGUGACAUAUUCCAUAAAGGAUCAAUCCUACCCGGUUUUGCAGCCUCAAAUUGGCGCCAGAUUUUUUUUCAAGAAGACUGGACACGUUUGAAAGAAGAAACCUCUUAGUCUGCCAGUCGAAUUGCAUGGUCAUCGAUCACAGUUGUUUAUUCUCAAGUUGUUUGUACAGCCUCAUUUCUUCAUUCAUGUUGUAAGGAAAUUUUUGGUAGAAGACGGGGUCACCUUAGAUUGUUUUUUAUUUGUACUUAGCAGUUCUCUUUCUUUCUUUCUUUCUUCUCAUAAUCUUUGCUUGGGGGGUGUAACUUCACUGAAAGGUUUUUUUACUUAUUUGGAAUGACUUCAUGUGAGAUGAAAUCAUAUGUGACUAUAUGAAAAGUGAUUCUUGAUGAGGUCA